UGCUCACAGGGACAGGCAGCUCUGAUAUAGUGCUCACGGCCCUGGCUAGACUCCAUCCAGCAACAUGGCAAAACAUGUAGCCCUUUCACUCUUGCUGCUUGUCCUCAUCCUGGUAAACUCAUCCCUUGCACGUCGAAAGCUCCUACUGUUCUUGAUUGAUGGGUUUCGUCAUGAUUAUAUCAGUGAUGAAGCCCUGGAAUCCUUGCCUGGCUUCAAAGAAAUAGUGAACAGGGGAGUGAAAGUGGAUUACCUGACCCCAGACUUUCCCAGCCUCUCCUAUCCAAACUAUUACACACUGAUGACCGGUCGCCACUGUGUCCAUCAGAUGAUUGGAAACUACAUGUGGGAUCCUGACAAUACGUCCUUUGAUAACGGUGUUAAAGAGAGCCUCCGGCCGCUUUGGUGGAAUGGAUCAGAGCCUUAGGGUCACUAUGGUAAAAGCAAGAGGAAAGUCUUUCAAUAUUCCUUUUUAGGAUGUGAAGUUGAAAUCCUUGGACACCGACCUACUUACUGCUUACCAUACUAUAGUGUUCCAACAGAUGCCAAUUUCUCCAACGCUGUCAAUAAUGCUAUUGAGUCUUUGAGAAAUGGCUCAGCAGAUUUGGCAGCAGUGUAUUAUGAACGAGUCGAUGUCGAAGGCCAUCAUUAUGGCCCCUCAUCUAUUCAGAGGAAAGAUACUGUAAAAGCUGUGGAUAACGUUUUGUUCAGUAUGACUAAACUUAUCAAGGACAAGGGCCUGCAGAAUGACCUGAAUGUGAUUCUUUUCUCGGAUCAUGGGAUGACUGACAUUUCUUGGACGGAUAAAGUGAUUGAACUGAAAAACUGUAUCAACAUGAGUGAUGUUAUACUACUGAAGGACCGAGGGCCUGUUGUAAGCCUGUGGCCAGUCAAAGACAAGCAGCUUGAGAUAUAUAGCAAACUGAAGAAUGUACCACAUAUGACAGUUUACAUGAAAGAGGAUAUCCCUGCUAGAUUCUAUUAUAAAAAAGGAAAAUUUGUCUCUCCUUUGACACUUGUUGCUGAAGAAGGCUGGUUCAUCACAGAGAGCAGAGAAAACCUUCCAUUUUGGGAGAAUGGCACUGGAAAAAGGGACGCCUGGCAGAAUGGUUGGCACGGCUAUGAUAAUGAACUCAUGGAUAUGAGAGGAUUCUUUCUUGCAUUUGGGCCAGAUUUCAAGACUAACUUCAGAGCAGCACCAAUCAGAUCGGUUGAUGUUUAUAAUGUUAUGUGCAAAAUUUCAGGGAUGCAGCCAAAGCCAAACAAUGGAUCCUGGUCAAGGGUGGAGUGUAUGUUAAAAAAUAAUGCCAAUUUGGCAGAGAUAUUCCACUGGAGCAGCUCUGUGCUGUCACUAAUUCUGUUUGCAUUGUUUGUAUAACAGACUUUGCUACUCUGGUCCCAAUACAAUGUUAGUCAGUGUACCCAGUGUUUUCCAUCCAUCACUUGAAUAGCAGCAUUAAUAGAACACUAUCUGGAGAAGAAUAUACAAAUUGAUUUCUCAAACA